AUAGAUUCUAACAUCAGUAGCGUAGUAUCUAUUAAACUCUGGUAACUAUAAACCGAUACAGUUAUUGAAACUAUCUUACCGAUUUCGAUGGAAGUUGCUUGGUUGUUAUUUUAUUCAUUUUUGCCGUUACAUAUUCUUGCCCAUUUGUUCUCAUUUUCUUUCUCAUUUCCAUCACACUCACUCCCCCACGUUUCCGCUUAAAAGACAUAAUAAUAAAACAGUUUAAACCCGUCCUGAUGUCCAUAAGUGUAAAUAAACAAAACUGAAGGCACAACCUCUGAAGGAAUGGCACUUACGCCCUUUUUGUUUUUAGGAAAUAAUGCCAGGAGAUACAGCAAACACAACCUGGUGGUUGCUACAACUUUCAGCCUUAUUUCAUGUUAUUGGCCUUGUUCGGCGGCGGAAGGCGAGAGGGAGUGCCAGAAGCAGAGGACCAGCAUCUUCUUCCUGAAGACGCACAAGUGCGCGAGCAGCACGGUGCAGAACAUCCUGAUGCGGUACGGCGAGAAGAACGGCCUGGACUUCGUGCUGCCGCAGGAGGGCAACUACGUGGGCAACCCGCGACCCUUCGUGCCCGAGCUGGUGGGCGAGUCCCUGCGCACGCCGGGCGGCCGGUACCACGUCUUCACGCACCACACGCGCUACAACGCCUCGGGCGUGCGGGCCGUGAUGCGCGAGGACGCCGCCUACGUCACCAUCAUGCGCGACCCGGCGCGGCUGUUCGAGUCGCUGUACUCGUACUACGGCAUGGCGGGCUUCAUGCGCAUGCCGCUGCAGCAGUUCAUCCGCCUGCCGCUGGCGGAGUUGGAGCGCCUGCCGCGGCUCGCCAAGAAGAUCGGCGUCAACCAGAUGGCGUGGGACCUCGGCACCGAGGUCUACGGCUUCCACAACGAGGAGCUCCUGCAGUCCCUCAUCCGCCACGUGGAGUCGCACUUCGACCUGGUGAUGAUCGCCGAGUACAUGGAGGCGUCGCUGGUCCUGCUGAAGGAGCUGAUGUGCUGGACGCUGGACGACGUGACCUUCUUCACGCUGAACGCGCGCUCGGCGGCGCAGCGCGCCAACCUCACGGCGUGGGAGCGGCGGCGCGUGGCCGAGAUCAACUCCGCCGACGCCGCGCUGUACGGCCACUUCCUGCAGCUGUUCCGGCGGCGGGCGCGCGAGUUCGGCGCGCGGCGCAUGCGCGAGGAGGUUGACGCCCUGCUGCGGCGCAACGCGGAGCUGUACGAGCGGUGCGUGCAGGCGGUGCUGCCGCCGGCCAACCCCGGCGGGGCCUACAACGACGUGCGCUACCAGCUGCGCGACGACAUGGGGGACCUGGGCCCCGCGUGCCGCCUCGUCACCGCCGGCGAGCUGCAGUUCACGGCCCAGCUGCGCGAGCGACAGGCGCGCCGACUGCGCGUGAUGGCCCAGCUGGACGAGCUGCUGGAGGGGCAGGAGGAGGACCGCCAGUCCUCGGGGACUGAGCCCGCCAGCUAGUCUCGACCAGGGACCUGAGUCCCGCCUCGUCACCGCCGGCGAGCUGCAGUUCACGGCCCAGCUGCGCGAGCGACAGGCGCGGCGGCUGCGCGUGAUGGCCCAGCUGGACGAGCUGCUGGAGGGGCAGGAGGAGGACCGCCAGUCCUCGGGGACUGAGCCCGCCAGCUAGUCUCGACCAGGGACCUGAGUCCCGCCUCGUCACCGCCGGCGAGCUGCAGUUCACGGCCCAGCUGCGCGAGCGACAGGCGCGGCGGCUGCGCGUGAUGGCCCAGCUGGACGAGCUGCUGGAGGGGCAGGAGGAGGACCGCCCGUCCUCGAGGACUGAGCCCGCCAGCUAGUCUCGACCAGGGACCUGGGUCCCGCCUCGUCACCGCCGGCGAGCUGCAGUUCACGGCCCAGCUGCGCGAGCGACAGGCGCGGCGGCUGCGCGUGAUGGCCCAGCUGGACGAGCUGCUGGAGGGGCAGGAGGAGGACCACCCGUCCUCGAGGACUGAGCCCGCCAGUUAGUCUCGACCAGGGACCUGGGUCCCGCCUCGUCACCGCCGGCGAGCUGCAGUUCACGGCCCAGCUGCGCGAGCGACAGGCGCGGCGGCUGCGCGUGAUGGCCCAGCUGGACGAGCUGCUGGAGGGGCAGGAGGAGGACCGCCAGUCCUCGGGGACUGAGCCCGCCAGUUAGUCUCGACCAGGGACCUGGGGUAGUCCCGCCUCGUCACCGCCGGCGAGCUGCAGUUCACGGCCCAGCUGCGCGAGCGACAGGCGCGGCGGCUGCGCGUGAUGGCCCAGCUGGACGAGCUGCUGGAGGGGCAGGAGGAGGACCGCCAGUCCUCGGGGACUGAGCCCGCCAGCUAGUCUCGACCAGGGACCUGAGUCCCGCCUCGUCACCGCCGGCGAGCUGCAGUUCACGGCCCAGCUGCGCGAGCGACAGGCGCGGCGGCUGCGCGUGAUGGCCCAGCUGGACGAGCUGCUGGAGGGGCAGGAGGAGGACCGCCCGUCCUCGAGGACUGAGCCCGCCAGCUAGUCUCGACCAGGGACCUGGGUCCCGCCUCGUCACCGCCGGCGAGCUGCAGUUCACGGCCCAGCUGCGCGAGCGACAGGCGCGGCGGCUGCGCGUGAUGGCCCAGCUGGACGAGCUGCUGGAGGGGCAGGAGGAGGACCGCCCGUCCUCGAGGACUGAGCCCGCCAGUUAGUCUCGACCAGGGACCUGGGUCCCGCCUCGUCACCGCCGGCGAGCUGCAGUUCACGGCCCAGCUGCGCGAGCGACAGGCGCGGCGGCUGCGCGUGAUGGCCCAGCUGGACGAGCUGCUGGAGGGGCAGGAGGAGGACCGCCCGUCCUCGAGGACUGAGCCCGCCAGCUAGUCUCGACCAGGGACCUGGGUCCCGCCUCGUCACCGCCGGCGAGCUGCAGUUCACGGCCCAGCUGCGCGAGCGACAGGCGCGGCGGCUGCGCGUGAUGGCCCAGCUGGACGAGCUGCUGGAGGGGCAGGAGGAGGACCGCCAGUCCUCGAGGACUGAGCCCGCCAGCUAGUCUCGACCAGGGACCUGAGUCCCGCCUGGUCUGCGGCUGACUUCUGUCUUUGAUGUCGAUGGUUAAGCUGAGGCAUGCUACGUCCUGAACACUAAUACCCUGAGAGAGUGUGUACAAGUGCCUACGUGUGACUAGCCGCCUUCGUACCGAGAUGUGUUCGGAAACACUGAUUCGUUGUAUAGACUGCUCGUGUAAAGGAGCACUUUAAAAUCCCUGUUUGGUGUUUUCUUUACAUCACCUAAUGUUAAAAACUCUGAACUUGUCUUUAUGCCCGCUCACCUGAGUUGUGUGUGUGUACCAGAUUGUGUUUCAGUUUUAUUUUGUGAGGCUGUGGACAAAAAUGGUUUUUCAGAAUUUUUAUUUUGUUUUGGGAGAGAUUCUAAGUGUAGCUGGAGUGCACUUUAAAACUGAUUGCUGAUAACUUCAAAGAGCCUCUGUGAGACACUCAUACCCAUUUAUUUUUAUUUUUUUUCUCUCUUGUUGACUGCAUCUAACUCUGUCAAUUAUUACUGUCAUUUUAGCUUUUGAUAGAAAAUAUUCUAUUUACUUUUCGAUCCUUUUAGGUUUUCUUAUCAUCUAGGUACUAGUUUAUGUGUCGAAAAAAACCUUUAGGGAAAAUUAAAUGCUGAUUAAGCGAGAACGUAACUGCCUACUUAGGUAGAACAAUGUAAUGUUUGAUAUCACUUGUUAGAUACUAUCAAUGUCAAUGGUAAAACAGCGCAAACGGAACUCCUAGGUUGACCUUAGUUCAGACUCAUUUACACCUAAGAUGGAAUGUGGAAUCUUCAGAACCCGCUAAGUUCUGCGAAAUUACGCCGUAGGUUUUAAAGUCUUCGGACGACACAUAGCAAUAACUUAGAUAUUUGUAACUCAAUCACGGUUUUAAUGAAACACCGAUUUCUAUAAAUGUUAAGGUAGCCCGUUAACUGUUUUAACAUAUUCAUCAUUAAGAAAUUCCACCCUCUGGUGGUGAAAAUGGGGUGGAUACGGUUUUAUAAUGAAAAAUUAUAGAUAUAAUGAGUAUGGAUUCUAGGUAUAAAUAUGUCCGCCAAGAAAAACAUGUGACAUCUUAGAGUUAUGCUGUUGUGCUCCAAAUGCAAGCAACGUGGUAACAUUAAGGUCAAAACAUCAGUAGUUGGGGUGAGUUUCACAUUUAUUUAGGUAGUGUGACAAAGUUUGUAUGUCUGCAUGUUUGUUACUAUAUCACGUCUUUAUUAUGGGACCGAUGCUGAUGAUUUUUGGAACAGAGGUAGUCCAUUUAGUUAAUUAAAUUGUAGGGUACUUAAGAUCCCUUGUAAAAAUGUUCCUUCGCAAAUAGCCGUUACUCCAUUUAGAAAGAAAACGCAAGGUGACACAGGCCGCGAUAGCAUUAAUUCUAAUGCUUAAAGUUUAAAUAAGCAUUUCAGUUUCAUAAUUUUUUAGUUUAAAUUUUAUAUUAAAUGGGACAAAUCCAAAAUAAAAUUUCCUACCUCUAUAUGUUGAUGAUCUAUGGAUAUAUGUUAAUUUUUAGCGAUAAAGAUAAAUACUGAGCCGAGUUCAUCAGAACUCAUUGCGCCGAAACUGAUUUCAAACUUUUCAUAUAACAUGUACCACAGGUAGUAAAUUAAUACAUCAUAAAUGAGGCGUGUGAGUAAAACAGAAGAAAACGUGUUAUAUAAAGAACGGAGUUGGUUUACAAGUUUUUUUUAAUGUUCCUGAAUAGUUAGUAUGCACAGCAAACGUUUCUCUUCGUCCCAUUUUUUUUUUUCGUUAAACGGUGUUUUAAUGAAUUCCUUUAAACAUUGUGCUGAAACUCAGGGUCUAAAUUUCAUUUGAAGAGUGUUUGGCCACGAAAUUGUGCUAACACUAUGGCCCUUCCUAAGCUUCAUGCCCUUAAUUAUGCCCAUGAAAGUGAUUUGCUCAACAAUGAAUAAACUUAUAAGAUCUGAUUGUUUCCGUUUUAGUGUGUUGGAAUGAGUGCAUUUCUCAAGAAUCAAUGUGUCUUCUUUCUUAGUGUACGUGUUUUAAACUGUGAGUAAGAACUCACAGUUAAUCAUGAAGUACAAAAUAGUUUCUAAUUUUGUGUUGCAGCUAUGAACGGGUUUUUGAAAUUAAUCUUUAGCGGAGGCUAUUGUAGAAUUUAUAGUAUAUAUGUAGCCUAUGACUGCCUUUAAUAAUUAUUAUAUAGUUAUAAAAGUAAUAUUAUCGCAAGAGGAAUUUACUGAAACGGUUUUGAUAAGGCACAUUCAUUGCAGGGUAAUUUUUAAGUAAAUUUUUACGCAAAUCGUUAGUAGUGAAAAUUUACACUUUUUUUGGGGGGGGGGGGGGGGGGAUGUGUUAAAAUAACGUUGAUUUUCAACACUGAUUAGAUUUUUCUGUAAGUGUAGUGGAUGUAUUUUUGUAAUUGUAAUAAAGUUUUUUUUUAUUGAGUAAA